CCGUAUUGAUUGAUUGUCCUCAAGCCCUCAAGUCCAAACAAGGUACACCACAAUAAAAUACAAGAACAUGCAAACAUACUUACCUAAAACUGCAUCACAUAUUUUGUCUUUAGUUUAAGACGCUUAUAGAGUAUAGACCAUUGUGUACUGGAAACAAAAGAGGCACACAGUUUGAAAACACGGACGUCUUCAGGUGUUGAGCAUCUGAGACCAAAAAGCACUCCUAGCUGUUUAUUAUGCAGUUAGCAGCAUUGCUUCUCAGCUCUGACCAUUUCUGUUCACAGUGCAAUCUAGGCACACCUGGGCAUCCUGUUCCUCGUCCUGGUCCUGCUAACAAUCAAGCUCCUCCAACUUGGGCCAUUCAGUUUGACCAGUAAUGGACUGAGCCAGCACAGCAAGAAAUGCUUUCAUCCCUGGCUGUGAUAAAAGAAGAUUCUAGAAGCAUGGAUAGACGGAAAGAGUUACUUCCUAGCUCAACGUCAGAGCCUCAACUGAACUUCAACUCAAUAGAUUCCGCUCAUAUCGCCUUGAUCACAAUAUACACAGCGGUGUUUAUCGGAGGUGUGUGUGGAGUCAUCAAAAUGUCCUUUUUGCUACUGAAAAUGAAUGCUUUAUCAGUGACUACAACUGCCAUCAUAAACUUAGUGGUAGUCCACAGCCUCUUCCUUGUGACUGUGCCAUUUCGCGUGUAUUACUACGCCACCAAAAAAUGGAUCUUUGGAACAAUCUUUUGCAAAGUUGUGAGCGGAAUGCUACACUUCCACAUGUACCUCACUUUCCUGUUCUAUAUGAUUUUCUUGGUAAUCAGGUGCCUUAUCUUUUUUCAGUGGAAGGACAAAGUGGAAUUCUAUAGGAAUUUGCAUGCUGUGGCAACCAGCAUAGCUGUGUGGGUUCUGGCUAUUGUUAUUGUGGUGCCAGUACUAUUUUGCUGGUAUGGGAAAACUGGGGUUUAUGCAAAUGUGACGUGUUUUGAAUUCCAGCAGGAGUUCAGCAGUGCCCCAGUGAAAGCAGUCAACUACAUUGUAAUUGCUGUAAUGGUUGCAAUAAUUUGCACCCUCUUGGGCUUACAAGUGUUCAUGAUUCGAAAGGUGGUGAAAACCCUUUCAGGAUCCCUUUGGUCAUAUCAAGAGUUUCAGGCGCAGCUGAAAAGUUUGUUCUUUAUAGGGAUAUUAAUGUUUUGCUUCCUCCCUAGUCACUUUUUCCGGAUUUAUUUCAUUCAGCAUGCGGAUGACAAGCGACUGAAUUCUGUCAAUGAAAUCUGCUUGAGCAUAACUGCCAUCAGCUGCCUUGAUUUGUUUUUGUUUGUGAUAACUGGAAGUAAAACCCUGAGGCAAAAAAUCAGUGGACUUUCAUGCUGCUGAAACUUUGCAUUCUUUUGUAAGAAAGUCUUGGCGACAAGGUCAGCUGGGUAGGUGAAAGAUAUAUGACUUAAAGAUUCUCAGAAUAAAAAUUUAUAAAUUAUGGGUUGCGUCUGACGGCUA